ACGACAUACGUGCAAGAGGGAGGAAUUUGUGAGUGCUUGUGUUACAUGCACGACGGCAAAUACAUGCUAUGCAAAGCGGCGCAUUUGGAGGAAACGGCAUCAUGAGCUGUGACCAGAGCUACCCCUUCCAACAAGUGUUCUUCGUGGACAGAGGUCAGCGGCAACUUCAGCAGCAUCAGCUGGGACCUGUCUGGCCUCAGAAGGAUCGAAAGGUGGGCGGUGGCAUCCCCAUGUUGGCCACUGUGGUCCUGCUGCUCUUUCUUACGGUGUUUGCGGCACUGGGCUUCGGCGGGUACCUAAUGUACAACAUGCAGAUGGAGCUGAAAGAUUUGAGGAAGAUGUCACGUGAGCUCAAGCAAGCGCAAGAGUUCAGCAAAGCCCAGAAGCAAAUCGGUUUAAAGGAUGAACCUGGUCGGAACAAAGACGAAAAAAAGAAGAGAGAAGACGAAAGGACUGCAGCGCAUGUCAUAGGGAGAAUUGAAAAGAGCAACUUCCCCAAAAUGCUUCGCUGGGACUCGCACAUCACCGGCGCGUUCACCGGCGGAGGCGUGGCCUACCAGGUGUCGAACGGCGCCCUUCGCGUCAACCAGAGCGGACUGUACCACGUUUACUCACGGGUGGAGCUCAUCUUCAAGGACUGCUCGCCCACGUCCUCCUUCUUCCACACAGUGUUCGUCCGGUCGGCGUCGGGUCACGACAACGCCCUGCUGGAGGCGAACCGGGUCGGCUUCUGUUCUCAGCGCCAGAACGUACGGCACGCUUGGACCGCCGACAGCUACUUGGCGUCGGCGCUCAGCCUACAACAAAACGACAGCGUGCUGGUCAAUGUGUCACACCCGGAAUUUCUCAGUCACUCGAGCCACGCCAACUUUUUCGGACUUUACAAGAUCUGAGGGACACACCGCAAGUGAAUGUCACAGUGGUCAAAGACACUGUUAACACUAAUUUCAUGUGUGUAGCAUUCUAUUUAUUCAAGAUGGACAGGCUCUAGACACAACAUUUUCUUGAUUUCUGCUGUGUAUGAACUCAUUGGCUGCCACUGACGGCAAUACGCGUCCAAUCCAUUUGAACUGGGAGGUUGGCAGCAAAUGAACACUUCAAAGUAUUUGCCAUUUAAUAGUGACUACUGUUUUCACGAAACGAACAUUUUGAACUCGACAUCGAUACUCGAAAAAAUGCCAUAUUCGAUACUACAUACAUUUUUAAAAAGCAUAUGAAAUGUUACUCCUUUAGUGUUUAUCAGUUGGUGGUCAUUAUUUUUGGAAAGAAAAAAAAAGUUGAAUUGUCCCAAAGUUAACAGAAAGUGAUUCGUAACAAUUGGAAAGUGGCCAUAAACAGCAGAAUGUGACCCCAGGGUCUCUGCAGGUUUCAACAAGCCAGAUUUAAGACCUUUUAAGACCACAUUUGAACCAAUUGGCUGCAAAGCUUCAUUGCUUCAAUCAUCUUUAUUUGUCCAUCACUUCUCCCUUGGGGGAGACAGUCAACCACUGCCGUCACCUGCAGUCAACACUGUUGUCGUCCAACAUGUCUCCUAGCAUGCAUUGCAGCGCUACAGAUGUAAAUUACAAUCAAAAUUCAUGUUCUGUGCUAAUUAUUUCUUCAGUUACUGUUCUAGUUGUUCCAUUAAUUGCUAGCUAUGUUAUUUUGUAAUACUUUAUUUGACAAAAACACCAUAAGACUGUCAUAAGACCAUCAUAACUAUGACAUGACACUGCCAUGAGCAUUAAUGAAUGCUUAUGAUAGAUGUCAUUUUGUGUCAUGUAGCAAAUUCUCACUUUUGAAUAGAUGUAAAACAUCCGAUCUUGACAUAAAUGGAGUUAGUGACAUCAUAUUUGUCAGAUGAUUCUUAACGACAUCUGUCAUAAGCAUUCAUUCAUGCCCAUUGUAGUGUCAAGUUAUAAUUACGAUGAUCUUAUGGCAGUCUUGUGACACCGCCGUCAAAUAAAGUGUUACCUGUUAACCCAAAUAAAACAACCAAUAAGCAACACUGGACUAUAAGCCGCAGGAUUCAAAAUGAGGGGAAAAAGUAGCGGCUUAUAGUCCGAAAAUUAAAGUAUAUUUUUGAGUUGGAUACUCUUCUCAUUUGGUUUUGCUUUGCACGCACACAUAGAGAAGAUGAAGGUGCACGGCCAGAACACACC